AUUUAAAUAAAUGGUAUUCUAUUAUUGUUUAACAGUGUAAUUAAUCACAAUUAAUUUUUUUAAUCACUUGACAGUCCUAGUACAAACCAUUUUAGGCUUCUUAAAAUACCUUUUUUAAAUUUUUCCCCUGGGGAGUUUAUAUGCCCACAUUAGAGAGACCUGUGGCACAAUGCAACUGCCACUCCAGCCUUCAUUACUUAUGCUUAAAUCUUCUGGUUGUUCACUAAUAAUAUCUGACCUAAGAAAGCCUGGACCAAUCUGGUUGUAAAAACUGCUAGUUAAUUGGAUGCUAUGUGUAUGUUUUCCACAUGAUGGUGCUGCAACUGUGUUUCAUGGGUUUUUUGUUUUGUUUUGUCUUGUCUUCCCUGGCCCAUACUGCUAGUAGGAUACUAUAUUUAUGUCAGGCAGAAUAGACCCUUAUUACAACCUGUGAUCUCUGCUAUUCUAAUUGUUUUUUAAUAUUAUAAUAAUUUUCAUUAUACAUGUAAAAAGCUCAGUUGGACUAUUUCAAUGGAAAAGAAGGCAGAAGCAGAAAGCUGUUUUCUUGUGAUUCUUUUAUGUAUUAUGACUGUGGUGACCACUCUGAAGCAGAAAAAAAGAGCCUCUAUACUUCUUUCCUAAACCCUCUCCCCUCCUUUGUGAGGGAGAAGUGGGAGGGAAGAAGGAGAAUGAAAUAAGCCCGAUGGCCACUGGUUGAGCCUCCAGAUGUGUGUAGAGAAUAAAGAAGUCAAAGAAGAAAUGUGUGUGACUGUAUGUUGUAACUAAUUGUACAGUUGUUCAAGUUUGCCCUUAAUGGUGUCAAACUAAAAAGUCAAUUGAGACAAGUGGCCAGUUAUUCUGGAUUUACAGUGGUGUGAAUGAGAACAGAAUCUGGGCCUACAGCUUUUUCACACAUUCAGCCUCAUGUGUGAUUUGUGGAUAUUUUAGGUUGAGGUCCCAGGCUAGGCUGAAGAAAAAUAGUGCUGGCAAUGUCCAGCAAUUGAAAUGCUAUGGACUGUUAAUUGACAAAGAGGAAAAAAAUGAUGAACAGCAAAACCAGCAUGGUUUGCUUGAGUCAGUGAGUCUUGUGGAAGCAGUCCGACAGACUUGACUGAACUAUCUACAAAUCCCUAAUUUUCCCCUGUGAUAAAGAAAACUGUGGUCAGGGAAUGGCAUAUCGUUUAACUGGUCAUUGUAUCUUCUCUGAUAUUAUCUUCACUGUACUGGAAUUUGCUCCUGUGGAACUGGAAUCCUCCAAAGAUGGGAGUUACCUGUCUUCGAGAAGUUUAGACAGAAAUCUGAAAAAUGUUAGAAAGUCCAAAAUCCAGCAAGACCUCUGCACUAAGUGCCAAAGGCUCAGUAAAGAAACUUAAAGGAGAAACCAAAGCUAAAGGAUCAGCCAAAGGCAAGCGAAAACAGCUUGGUAAAAAAGAUGAGGAAGAGGACGUAUCUAUGGCUAGCAUAGGCCACCCAGAGAUCUUUCCAUUAGUUUUCACUGAAAAGACACAGGAAAUUUUAAAUUGUCGAAUUAAUGAAGAUAUCACAGAAGAAAAACCUUACAAACUUCUGAAAAAAGAGGACAUAAUUCAGGAUAUGAAGACAAGAGCUGCAGUCUCCGAUUUCCACCCAGUCAAAAAAAUAGUCCUAGAAUAUCCAGGGGAAGAACUUCUGAUAGUUUUAGAUAGAGAGUUCAAAUAUGGACAGAACUUUUAUCUUGUUGCAACCGAAGAGGCCAAGGAAAGCUUUUUAAAUCCUCCAGAGGCAGUUGAAGAAGAGGGAGAGACUAAAGAAGGAACGACAGAGGAAUACGUUUAUAAGCCUCCUGUCCGCAAACCUUGGGUCUCCCUUGGCAGUGAAAAGGAAAUUGAAGAAGAAUCAGUUAAUGAAUCUGUUAGAAAGAUUAAAUAUAUGAUUUCUCGAGUGCGAAGAGAGUUUGGUUCAAAGGUCAAAUUUACUGAUAGAAAUGCUUCAAGCGUGAAAGAUGGCUACAUUGAAUGUACAUCCUAUCAGGAUAAAAAUUUCAGCAUUAUGAAACUUGAAAAAGAUGUUGGUGCACAAGUCGUUCCAAAAGUAAGGGAAAUGAGUACGCAAACAAAGUGGACCUAUCCAAGAAAUGCAACCACACAAUACUUCCCUAGAGAGUUCUCAGAUGAAGAAAAAGAGCUGUGUUUGUCAUCUGAGGAUCUGAAAGAAUUUAUUAUCUCAGUGUUUUUAAGAGUGGAAAUAGCAUUGCAGCAAAAUGAAAUUAUGAAUGCCUUUUUUGAUGACUGGAAAGCAUUAGCAGAAGAUGAAAGUGCCUUUGGUGGCAAGUCAGAUGCUUACCUAAAGGAAUACCAAUCGUUUACAGACCUGCACUAUCUGAAGCAUAGAAGAGUUAGCUGUGUUUGCUGGCACCCAACCAUUUAUGGGAUUAUAGCAGUGUCAGUAACAGAGCGGCUUUCUUAUGAAGAACGUAUUACCCAAUCUGGUAAACUGUUGUUGCAGAAGUCACCAAUUCUUUUUUGGAGUUUCUCUGACCCUAUUCACCCUCAGUUAAUGCUGGAGUGCCCUGAAGAGGUCUACUGCUUUGAAUUCUGUCCAUCUGAUCCCAAUAUCAUUGCUGGAGGCUGCAGGAAUGGACAGGUUGUACUGUGGGACAUUUCUGAGUAUGAAGAAAAGCUGCAGAAUGCUAAAACUGGUGCUGGUGGAAGCAAGAACACCGCUGUUAAUAUGCCAACGUUUAUACAAGCACAACAAAGUGGUAAGGAACCACAUUUUGUGAGAUAUUGUGCAGUCUCUUCUAUAGAAUAUGGCCAUAAAACAGUAAUAACAGAUAUACACUGGCUGCCAGACUAUUUUGAGGUUAACAGAAUGGGCAUUGCUUUUGAAAACAGAACUGGAGUUUGUGUGCAGCUUGUAACCUGCUCUCCUGAUUGCUCCAUAUUAUUUUGGGAUCUUCGAGCCCCCAAAACUACUAUCCAGAAUUCAACUGAGAAGGCAAAAGAUGAGAAGGCUAUCGAGGCUCCCCCUGAUGUGCCGACUACUUUUAAACAUCUGGAUCUCUCCUGGAGACCUCUCAUUAAGGCAAACCUAUCCAAGAGCGACACAAGUGGAGACUAUAGUCCUACUAAAAUUAGCCUAGUGGAAGAGCAUUUCCAUUACAAAAUGCAAGAUAAGAUGCAAUACCAAAUCAAACCAGAAAUGUUUGGAGACGAAAAUCCUUAUAAGCAGUUAAGGGUCCCUUCAGCCAAACCUCUUAAGAUACUGGAGAAUAUCGCCACCAACUUUUUUGUUGGAACUGAGGAUGGUGAAGUUAUUUAUUCCGACUGGAAGAUGGAAAGAGAGAGUGACUCAGGAAGGCUGAUUAGUCAGAAACCAGCUAACAAAUACACCAUCCAUGAUGGAAUUGUCCAUACUAUACAAAGAUCUCCAUUUUUCAAAGACAUCAUUCUUAGUGUUGGAGGCUGGAAUUUUGCCAUAUGGAAAGAAGGUGUUACAAGCGGCCCAAUCCUUCAAUCAUGCUGCUCAUCAAAAAGAUAUACUGUAGGACAUUGGUCCUUAUCAAGAGCAGGAGUUUUCUUCAUUGGUAGAGAAGAUGGAAAUAUUGAUAUUUGGGACCUACUGGAGAAAACACAUGAGCCAUCCCAGACCCAGAACAUCUCUAUAUCAAUGAUCACCUGCAUCAAACCCUGGAUUGUCUCUUCAAAGCAGCACUUUUUAGCCAUAUCUGAUGACUUUGGAACACUGCAUAUUUUAGAAAUCUCUUGGACAUUAAGUCACCCUUCCAGUAAUGAGCGUGCCAGUGUUCUUCAUUACUUUGAGAGAGAGGUCAAACAUCUGGAUUAUUUUGAACAGCGGCAAGAAUUCCGAGCCAAAGAGAGAGAGGAAUUGGAGCUGGAGAAACAGAGGAAGAAGAUAAAAGUGGCUGGUGGACAGAAAUCAAGAGAACAAAUGGAGGAGCAGAUGAAUAUAAAUUAUGUCGAUUUUCUGGAUGAAGAGAAGAAAAUCCUGACAGGACUUGGGCUAUUGAAAGCAACAGAUAGAUUUGCCUAGAACAGAACAGAACAAGCAUAUUGGCAAAUGUGCAUUUUUUUUCAGGAUAGGUUGUUUUGCUUUCUUGGGAAAGCAGCAUCUUUAGUAUGAGAACUGUAAAUAUAAAGCAUAUCACACCUAGGCAACAUUAUCUCACUAGCUUUAUUAAGAUGUUUGCUCACAGCAGCAGGCGAGAGAACACUUGAUUUGUGAGAUUCCUGCACGGCCAUUCAUUAACGAAUAUAGUUGCAAAUCAGUCAUCUCCUGGUUUAAUGGCAUUAUUUUAAGUUGUCUUACUUAUUUAUUGUUACAAUGCGCCUAUCCAGUGCUGUGCCUGCUGUAAAAAUAUUCAAUGAAAAACCUACUCAACAAGUCAAAAUAAGACUAUAACAUCCUCCCCUGCAAACGGCUCCUGUUCGAAUAGAAUACAGGAUAUUAAUAUUCCUGCUGCUCAGCUCCAAUAAACAUCUCCCAUUCCACCCUACCUCAUUCCCAAAGCACUCAAUUCCCCUGGAAAAGCUCGAAAGAAAAGGUUACUUUAAGUUUUGCAGCAUGCCCUGAAGGUUCCAAAUAUGGGCAUGUCAUGAACCAAGGGACAAAGAGAGCUCCAAAGCCAAUGACACUCUGCCGCUUGCUGCCUUUGGUUUAUACCAGGAGGGACCAGUCAGCACCUCAGAUGACCACAACUGUCCUGGCAACAUACGAAGAGAAAGAGGUAGUCUCUCAAGUGGCUGGGACUGAAGUCUUUAAGAGCUUUAAAUGUCAUAAAUAACGCCACACACUUCAUCUGGGCAGAUCAUGAAGCACUGGUCUCCUGUGCUCUUUUCAUGAAAGCCCAGCUCAUAAGCAAGUCACUGUAUUCUGAACUACCUGCAAUUUCUACAUCAUUUGAAAAUGUCACCCCAAACAGUGCACACAAUCUAACCUUUGGGUGAUUAGGAUGUAUAGCAUGGCAGAUAGUACGGGACUUACUGUGUUGUUAAAUACAGAGUGUGGCUGUCCCACGGAAAGAACAGCAGGAAAUGCACUGUCCUAGGGGACCUACAUUUUGAUUCUAUCGGACGUGUGAAUUGAUGCCACUUUACAAGCUUUGCUUCAAUAUUCAAAGGCUUCUUUGAGCCCCAUCUCUGGGGGUUUAGUUAAAGAUUCUAAAGUGGUUGGCAGGAUUUCCUUUGUUGAAGACUGUGAGGAAAGGGAUGUACAUAUGUUAGGCUAUGUCUACACUACGCAGCUUUUAGCGACCCGGCUGUGCCCAUACAGCCAUGCUGCUAAAAGGCGCGCAGUGUAGCCACUGUUCGUUGGCAGGAGAGAGCUCUUCCCAGCAACAAAAAACAUCCACCCUCAACAAGCAGCGGUAGAUUUGUCGGCAGGAGAGCACUCCUGCCAACAAAGUGCUGUUCAUACCAGCACUUUUCUUCGACAAAACUUGUAUCUUUUGGGGGCACGUGUGUGGGGGGGGUUUUUAACACCUCUGAACAACAAAAGUUUUGUUGUUCACUUGCCAGUGUAGACAAAGCCUUAGAUAGAAGAAACAACAUACAAAUACGACCUGGACACUCAUCAAGAGAUUUUGAUGAAUCCUGGUAUCUACAAGAAUGAAGCUCUAGUGGCUAGGUAUGAGAUUGUAGAACCUGGAGGUGUGUGUUCCUUAGCUAGUUUUCCUGUGUUGGGAUUAACAACAAUUUGUACAUAGUUAAAGGCAAGCACAAGAUUUAAAAAAAUAAAGUGUUUUUCUGUAAA